AUGGACAUAAUAGGUCCAUUGCCGACUUGCGAGGGUUUCAGGUACUGUCUAACGUUGAUCGAUCGAUUCUUGCGUUGGGUAGAGGCGAUUCCGCUUCGAGAUAUAACUGCUCAGACGGUCGCGAGAGCGUUUUUCGACGGUUUGAUCUCGCAGUUCGGCGCCCCUAAGAUUUUAACCACAGACCGGGGAGCGCAAUUUGAAUCGCAGCUAUUCGCGGCACUGUUGUCGUUGAUUGGUUGCAAACGGAUUCAUAGAACCGCGUUUCACCCGGCCGCGAACGGCAUCAUCGAGCGUUGGCACAAAGCGCUCAAAGACGCGUUGAUGUGUCACGCGAACCAAGAGUGGACGCGAAUCCUGUCAACGGUUCUGCUUGGUCUCCGCACGCACAUCCAUACGGAUACUGGCGCAUCUGCCUGCGAAUAUUUGUACGGAACGUCUUUGCGAAUUCCGGUAGAAUUUUUCCUUCCAGAGGAUUUGACUCCCGAUCCAAACGUCUUAGAAGAAGUUCGCGAGCAUAUGUGGAAAGUCAGGACGAUUCCCGUUGCGCAUCAUCACAGGAAGCGAGCGUUCGUCUUUAAAGACCUACAAACGUGUACUCAUGUAUUUCUGCGCGCGGGCCCCAUAAAAAAAGCGUUGGAACGUCCGUACACGGGGCCGCAUAAAAUUAUUGAGCGCGUCUCCGAACGUGUCUACAAUAUCGAUAUAAAUGGUACGUCGCAGAGUGUAGCGGUCGAGCGCCUUAAACCCGCGUAUUUUGUACUGAACAAUCUAGAUGUCAAUCUUACUCCGCAUCCGAGCGAUCAAGAGCCUAGCGCAAGUAAAGGUAGCAAACAGCUCCGCGUUCAAAAAACCUACACGCGGAAAAAGGUUUCCUUUGCUACCGAACCUAAAACAACCGAAUUCAAUGAGCAUUGUAAUCUCCGAGACUGUCACGGUAAUUUAUAA